UUGAUCUUUGAAAAUACCACACUCAAAUUAAUCCAGUGACCAAAUUCCCUUGAAACAUACUAUUUCCACUGCAUAGUAACAUGGAGUAUCACAUUUUCUUACUGAUGCUUCUCUUUCUAGUUCAAUAUUAUUCUGUUUCUAUAUCAGCUUCUUCGUCGAAUGAAACAGAUCAACAAGCUCUACUAGCUUUCAAAGAUCUUGUUAUUAGUCCAAGUCAUUUUUUGGCGAAUAAUUGGACUAAGAAUACUUCUUUUUGCUCUUGGUUUGGUGUCACUUGCAGUCCAAAAAGGCAAAGGGUUGUAGCCUUGGCACUUCCUGAUAUGCAACUUCAAGGCAUAAUUUCCUCCUCUUUGGCCAAUUUGUCCUUUCUCAGCGUGCUCAAUCUCGAGAACAACAGCUUCCAUGGUGGCAUUCCUUUCGGACUUGGUCACUUGCCUCGCUUGCGAGUGAUUGAUGUUAGAAACAAUCAGCUCCAAGGAAGUAUUCCAACAAGUCUAUUUCAACACCGGAGGAUUCAAGUAAUUUCAUUAGCUUUCAAUAAACUCGAUGGUGAAAUGUGGAAAGGGCCAUGGUUUGUACUGGAACUCAGAGUCUUGAAUCUGAGGAACAAUAGCCUCACAGGUAUAAUCCCUCCUUCUGUUGGAAAUGCCACAAAGUUGAUGAACUUCAGUUUGUCUGGGAAUAGAAUCAGUGGCAACCUUCCAAAAGCGAUCGGUAAUCUGAGCCAGCUUGCAACUUUGUCCUUGUAUGAUAAUCAAUUAAUAGGUUCGAUUCCCCCACCACUGUUUAAUAUAUCGUCGCUUCUUCUUGCAACUCUAGCAUUCAAUAGCCUUUCCGGUUCUCUCUUGCUUAAUGAAGGGAAUAUUGUGUCAAAUCUAAAGUUUUUAAGUGUAUCUAACAACCAAAUUUCUGGCUGCAUUCCUUCUAACAUAUGCCAACUCAGAGAGCUCCAAGUUUUGUCCAUAUCUGUAAACGACAUAUCUGGAGAGAUACCCCAAAAUAUUGGUUGUUUAUCCAAACUCGAGGAUUUUCUUAUUGGUGAUAAUCCAAUAAAAGGAACUAUUCCCGCUUCAUUGGCCAAUAUUUCCACUCUGCAAUAUGUUUCCUGUACAAGAAAUCGCUUGGAGGGGCCAAUUCCACCAGAAUUGGGGAAGCUAUCAAAUUUGAGGCAAUUAAGCUUUGGCCAUAAUUAUAAUCUUAUUGGUCAAAUUCCAGAGGCUAUUUUCAAUAUAUCUUCUUUGGGAAGGAUAGCUUUCAAUUUCAACAACCUUUCGGGGACACUUCCAACCACUACAGGUCUUCAUCUUCCAAACCUUGAACAACUUAUCUUGGGAGGAAACCAGCUGGAAGGGGAAAUUCCGUUGUUCAUAACAAAUGCUUCCAAGCUCGAGAUACUGGAGAUAGCAAGCAACUAUUUUACAGGAACUAUUCCUAAUAAUUUGGGAAAUCUUCGUGAGCUGCAAUAUUUGUUCCUACAUCAUAAUCAACUUACCAAUGAACCAAGAGACCAUGAGUUGCAAUUCUUCAAUUCUUUGGUGGACUGCAGGAUGUUGAGAUAUCUAGAAGUGGGUCACAAUCCAUUGAAUGGUGUUCUGCCCAAUUCUAUUGGGAAUCUUUCAUCUACUAUCGAAGACUUAGAUAUAUCAAAUGUACGCAUCAAUGGCCUCAUCCCCCCAGUUAUUGGCAACGUGAGCGGUCUAAUAGAACUAACCCUUGGAGGAAAUAACUUGAUGGGAAAUAUUCCUCCUGAGAUUGGUAAGCUUAAACAACUCCAAGGUCUGUUUCUACCAAACAAUAAAUUUCAGGGACAUAUUCCAGAGGCAGUAUGCCAUUUAUCUAAUUUGGUUCAAUUAAGUCUAGGUGAUAAUGAGCUCUUGGGGUUAAUUCCAGCAUGUAUAGGAAAUCUUAGCAUGCUACAACAACUUUAUUUGGGUUCUAACAGAUUUUCAUCAAAAUUUCCCUCAAGUCUUUGGAAAAUGAGAGGUCUUCUCAUUCUAAACGUGACACGAAAUUCUAUAGAAGGAGAAGUUCCGUCAGAUAUUGGAGGACUGAAGGCCAUUGUAGAACUAUAUCUUUAUGGUAACCACUUCUCAGGAAUGAUACCAAGCAGAUUGGGGGAACUCUCAAACCUGAAAAUUCUUGACCUAUCCAACAAUUCAUUUUCAGGCCAAAUUCCCUUAUCCUUUUCCAACUUGAUAAGCUUGGAAUUCUUGAAUUUAUCCUUAAAUGUCUUGUCAGAUACUAUUCCCAAGUCCUUGGAAAAACUCUCAAACCUUAAAGCCAUCAAUGUUUCAUUUAAUAGUUUAGAAGGUGAAAUACCCAGUGGUGGUGUGUUUGCAAAUUCCACUCUGCAAUCAUUUCUUGGGAACAACGGUCUAUGUGGAAUGCACAUACUGGAGAUUCCUGUUUGCCCUAUCACUAAUCCAAGACAUCAAUCAAAGUCUAAGGAGCUUGUGCUAAAAAUUGUUAUUCCAGCAGUUACUUCAUCUUUUCUGAUAUUCUUGUUGGUGUCAGCUUGGAUAAUGAAACGAAAGAAGAAAGGGAAGUCCAAAGAUGUUGAAAAUGUUCCGGAGAUCAAGACCUAUCAAUUAAUUUCUUACCAUGAGAUUCAACUAGCAACAAGUAAUUUUGAUGGAUCAAAUUUAAUUGGUGUGGGAAGUUCUGGCUCUGUGUACAAAGGCACAUUAUCUAGCGGAACUGUUGUGGCCAUAAAGGUUCUGGAUUUGGAAAAUGAGGAAGUAUGCAAGAAGUUUGAUACCGAAUGCGAAGUGAUGAGAAAUGUUAGACAUAGAAAUCUUGUCCCUGUGAUUACUACUUGUUCUAGUGAUUAUAUAAGAGCUUUUGUUCUGAAAUAUAUGUCCAACGGGAGCCUUGAGAAUUGGUUGUACGGAGAAGACUGCCAGUUGAACCUUCUCCAAAGAAUCACUGUAAUGCUUGAUGCGGCUAUGGCAAUUGAAUAUCUACAUAAUGGUAAUGAAACUCCAAUAGUUCACUGCGACCUAAAGCCAUCAAAUGUUCUUUUGGAUGAAGAUAUGGUGGCUCAUGUUGGUGAUUUCGGUAUCUCCAAAAUUUUAGCUGUAAGCAAGUCUAUCGCACACACAGAGACAUUGGGCACUCUUGGAUAUAUUGCACCAGAAUAUGGCUCGGAGGGAAUAGUAUCCACUAGUGGUGAUGUUUAUAGUUACGGCAUCAUGUUGAUGGAGAUUUUGACCAAAAGACGGCCAACAGAUGAAAAGAUAUGCAAUGAAAAUCUUGACUUGAGGAAGUGGCUAACACAAUCAUUUUCAGGAACUAUGCUCGAAGUUGUGGAU